CGAUGUACUGUACUGCUGAAGGAUCGUGGUCGUCACCACCACCACUCUGCUCUAAGGUUUAUUGUCCUGAUCUAGAGAAUGUCACCAAUGCCAAGCCCAUGUCGUCUGCCCAUAAAUAUCUAGAUGUUGCUGUUUACCGGUGUGACCCGGAUUACUUCCUAGACAGUGAUAGGUCAAUCAUGGAGGUGAAUGUCACGUGCCAAGCAGAUGGAGUUUGGAGUGAAAACAUCACCGGAUGUUGGUACAGAUCUGCGAUUCGCCCCACUUCGGGAAAUGGUUGUCGAUUUGUUCCCAACAUCCUAAGUUACAAGUUAUUGCUAACAUGGUACAUGGUACGACCAAUCUGUGGAUGUAUGCAAGGAUAAAUGCAAAAUGGACCCUUUCUGUAGCUCUUUUACAGCAUUCAAGGCCGGUGGAUUGGUGUCAUGCAUGCUUUACAGCGAAAGAGAAAGAGAAAACCUCCGAUUGCCCAAGUUGACAGAAUAUCGCAAAGUCUGCCAGUGGGGAUUGCGACAAUCGAACUAGGCUAACAUGUUCAUAGCCUACAUGUACUCCUAAAAACAUAGCCUUUUGCGUUUGCCUAUAGCUUCUCUGCCAAAAGACAAUUAAAAACGCUUUACCCGUAUAGUCCUAAAUCAAGGUCGACGGGAAUAUCCAGUGAUCGUGGGAGGGAAAGGGGAGGGGCAUGUGGUUGUCAUUUCAACCAUGCAGAAACCAAUGUAACCGUAAAGCUGGCAGCACAUCUGACUCCAACUCUGGUGUCCAGAGGAGUUCGACUGAACUCCGCUCGCCGCUGAAUCGGUAGCACACCUGACUGCUUCAGGCGUUCACUGGCGUUCACGGGAGUCCAAAAUCAAACCAAUCUAUGAUGUUCCCAGUUUGAUAUCUGGCGUCGAGUGGAGUUCGCCGGCGGCCAGCGGCGUCAAGUCGUAGCACACCUGGGAGUUUUCUGGCGUUCAGAAACAGAUCGAAGUUGGAGUCAGGUGUGCUGCGAGCUUAACGAAUCUCGUGGCGGGGGUAAGGGUUCAACUUCUUGUUCUUUCAUUGCCAGCCUUUGGUUGAGAACAAUUAAGCAAAUUGGAUAUCGUUUUCCCUAAAAGAACAAGCCAAGAUUAAAAUAGAGCAA